GCUCUAAGUAUCACUCGGGAUGUCGUGGUUGUUGGAGGAGGUGUUGGCGGCACCUACACUGCUGUCCGUCUGGGCGACUACAACAAGUCUGUAGCAGUCAUCGAAAAGACCGAAGCCCUAGGUGGUGCCACCCGCACAUACCAUGACCCUGUCACUGGCCAGACCAUAGACGUUGGCGUGCAAAUCUUCCAGAACCUGGACAUUGUCAAAAACUUCUUUGCGCGUUACAACCUCCCUCUCAAGAACAUGUCCAUCGGUGUAUCAGGUGCCGGUGCUGGUUUGGUUCCUGUGGAUCUGCGAACUGGGAAACAUCUCAACAUCACUGCUCUCCCUGGCAAUGUGACUGGCGCACUCGAAAAAUACGCUGCCCAGCUGGCUCGCUUCCCGUUUCUCACGGAGCCCGGUAUUCAGCUUCCCGAUCCAGUGCCUGAGGAUGUUCUGCUGCCCUUCGGCCAAUUCGUCGACAAAUACGGAAUUCAGGACGUAGUGCCGCUUAUUGGUAUCCAGGCCGAGGGAUUUGGCAACAUAACCGAGUCUACAACGCUAUACGUCUUUAAAUUCUUCAACGAGAUUGUUCUUCAGAACUUGGCUACCGCCUUCCUAGCCUCUGAGACAGCAAACUCGCAAGAGCUGUAUGAAAAGGCAUAUGUCGAUCUCGGAGCUGAAAAUGUGUUCUUAAACACCACCGUUACCUCUAUUAUGCGUCCCGCAGAAUGCGACCCCAACGCAAACAUCGAAAUCACCGUUCAGUCUUCUUACACAGGAGAAAUCACCACCAUCACUGCCAAGCAAGUCGUUUUCGCUAUUCCUCCUGUUUCCUCCAACUUCAAGACCGUCGAUCUCGACCCCACCGAGGACGACUUGAUCUCCCGUUUCAAGAGUCACACGUUCGUUGCCGGUGUGCUCCGAAACGCCGUCUAUCCAGAAUCACCAGAACUUCUGUAUAAUUCGGACUUGAGCACGCCUUACAACCUACCAAUUCAACCAUCCAUCUACUUCAUCGGACCCAUGUUCCCGCCAUCCAACCUCACUGCGUUCCCCUACGGAGGCCCUGCCUCUCCCGAACACUACAACGACGAGGAGAUCAAGACACAAGUGCUCGAGCUCGUGAGAACCAGCAUUCCAGGCUCCAACCCCGAGAUUGUCUCGUACAUGAACCCUGGGGAUUACGAGUGCCAUGUCACGCCGGAGGAAAUCCGUGGUGGAUUCUACACGCGCCUGAACGCUCUGCAGGGCCACAGGAAUACCUGGUGGACUGGAGCUGCCUGGCAGCAUCCGGAUUGCGCGUUGAUAUGGAAUUUCACUGAU